AUUUUCCUCGCUUUGUGGGCUCCUCUGUUUUUUAUUUUCUUGAGUAAUAGGCUCCUCUGUCGGCAAUCGAGCAGACCAUCCCGUGAUCUGAUGUUCUCCGUGCUUUCGAAUCACUCCGGAAAUGUUGGGCGGUGAAUUUGGUGGCUAGGACGUGAUCGCCGCUUUGUUUUGUGCUUUACCUGACGGGUUUAUGGGAGGUUUCUUGUCGUCGGAGCAUAUGCUACGGUCGAUAAAUGCCGGUGAUGGCACUCUGCUUUUGAAUGCUUUCCAGUUUAAGCUCUCGAUUUUCACAUCGGGGUGUUAAUUGGCUUUAGUAUUGUUGGAUUUGAUAAUUCGUAGCUUGUGCAGUUGAUUUGUUUUCAGUUCAGUUUGUUACAUGUUUUUUAUUUACUGACAAAUCAGCUCGAUUCACUCUCACCCCGUGCUUCUCUGAAAAGGUAAAGAAGGAAUUCCCAAAACAAUGAAUAGUCACUCACUCACUCUUCCCGUGGUUAUCUGAAAAAGAUUGAUGAACAUGUUCAAAGGGAGAUUAUGAACCACCGGUCUCUGAAGCAUCCAAAUAUAAUUAGAUUCAAGGAGGUCGUGCUAACUCCCACACAUUUGGCGAUAGUUAUGGAAUAUGCCUCUGGCGGUGAGCUAUUUGAAAGGAUUUGUAAUGCAGGAAGAUUUAGUGAGGAUGAGGGAAGGUUCUUCUUCCAACAACUGAUCUCAGGAGUGAGCUAUUGUCAUUCUAUGCAAGUAUGUCAUAGAGAUCUGAAACUAGAAAAUACUCUGUUAGAUGGUAGUGUUGCACCUCGACUCAAGAUUUGUGACUUUGGUUACUCCAAGUCUUCUGUGUUGCACUCUCAACCGAAAUCAACUGUUGGAACACCGGCAUACAUUGCCCCAGAGGUCCUCUCUAGAAGAGAAUAUGAUGGAAAGGUCGCCGAUGUUUGGUCUUGUGGAGUAACACUUUAUGUGAUGCUUGUUGGGGCAUAUCCUUUUGAGGAUCCUGACGAGCCAAGGAACUUCCGGAAGACUAUCACUAGGAUACUCAGUGUGCAGUACUCAAUUCCGGACUACGUUCGAGUCUCAACGGAGUGCAUACAUCUGUUGUCCCGGAUUUUUGUUGGAAAUCCUGAGCAGCGGAUAACAAUCCCGGAGAUCAAGAACCACCCAUGGUUCCUCAAAAACCUGCCAGUGGAGAUGACAGACGAGUACCAGAGGAGCAUGCAACUGGCAGACCUGAACACGCCAUCGCAGAGCCUGGAGGAAGUCAUGGCGAUCAUCCAGGAGGCGCGGAAACCAGGCGACAAUGCCCUGAGGCUUGCUGGGCAGGUGGCCUGCCUCGGGAGCAUGGAUCUCGACGACAUUGACUUUGACGAUAUCGACGACAUCGACGUCGAGAACAGUGGGGAUUUCGUGUGCCCGUUGUGAGGCCCCACCAGGAGUGGUUCAAAAAUCAUCGGGAUUUAAUUUGUUUGUGGAAUUAUCCGAGUGUGGAUCCCUGUCGUGGCAUGCUUCGUUUCGUUUCUGGAUCAGCAACAGAGAGGGUAGCGCAAUCUGUGUAUAAAUACGAAGUAUCAAUAAUAACACUGAUUUA